AUGCAUUUCCAACUUCUCGGCCUCGCCGCCCUCGGCUCUCUCGCCGCUGCUGCCCCCGCUCCUUCUCGUACCUCUGAGUUGGUUGAGAGGGGUUCUUCUUGCACCUUCACCUCCGCUUCUCAGGCUUCUGCUAGCGCCAAGAGCUGCUCCAACAUUGUCCUCAAGAACAUCGCUGUCCCCGCCGGAGAGACUCUUGACUUGUCCAAGGCCAAGGAUGGUGCCACCAUCACCUUCGAGGGUACUACCACCUUCGGCUACAAGGAGUGGAAGGGACCCCUGAUCCGCUUCGGUGGUAAGGACAUCACCGUCACCCAGGCCUCUGGCGCUGUCAUUGACGGCCAGGGCUCUCGCUGGUGGGACGGCAAGGGCACCAACGGUGGCAAGACCAAGCCCAAGUUCAUCUACGCCCACAAGCUCCAGUCCUCGACCAUCAAGGGCUUGCACGUCAAGAACUCCCCCGUCCAGGUCUUCAGUGUCCAGGGUAAUGAUGUCCACCUGACCGACAUCACCAUCGACAACUCCGAGGGUGACAGCAAGGGUGGCCACAACACCGAUGCUUUCGACGUCAGCGAGAGCAACGGUGUCUACAUCACCGGUGCCAACGUCAAGAACCAGGAUGACUGCCUGGCCAUCAACUCUGGUGAGAACAUCGAAUUCACCGGUGCUACCUGCUCCGGCGGCCACGGUAUCUCCAUCGGCUCCAUCGGUAACCGCGACAGCAACACCGUCAAGAACGUCAAGGUUGCCGACUCCACCGUCGUUGACUCCGACAACGGUAUCCGUAUCAAGACCAUCUCUGGUGCUACCGGCUCUGUCAGCGGUGUGACCUACGAGAACAUCACCCUCAAGAACAUCAAGAAGAAGGGUAUCGUCAUCGAGCAGGACUACAAGAACGGUGGCCCCACCGGCAAGCCCACCACUGGUGUCCCCAUCACUGACCUCACUGUCAACGGUGUGACUGGCUCCGUUGCCAGCAAGGCCACCCCCGUCUACAUCCUCUGCGGCAAGGGCAGCUGCUCUGACUGGACCUGGAAGGGUGUCAGCCUCUCCGGCGGCAAGAAGUCCGGUGAGUGCCAGAACGUUCCUUCCGGCGCUUCCUGCUAA